UUCUCUCACACUGUGUGUACUUAUGGCUGCUUCCAAAAAUGGGCCAUCUGAAGAAGUGUCCAAACCAGGAGAAGUUCCCUGUGACGUCUGCACUGGAAACAAACUGAAGACCCUGACGUCCUGCCUGGUGUGUCUGGUCUCCUACUGUGAGACUCACCUGGAGCCUCAUCUGACCACGUCAGGUCUGAAAAGACAUCAGCUGAUAGACCCUGUGGAGAACCUGGAAGGCAGGAUGUGUACGAAGCACGAUAAACCUCUGGAGCUGUUCUGUAAGACCGACCAGACAUGUGUCUGCAUGCUCUGCACUGUUUUAGACCACAAGACACAUGAUGUUGUUCCUCUGGAAGAAGAAUAUGAAGGAAAGAAGGCAGAGCUGGGGAAGACAAGGACUGAAAUUCAGCAGAUGAUCCAGAAGAGACGACUGAAGGUUCAAGAGAUCAAACAGUCAGUGGACCUCAGUGAGGAAGAUGCAGACAGAGAGAUAGCAGAAGGUGUUCAGGUCUUCACUUCUCUGAAGGAGUCUGUUGAGAGAGGCCUGAAUGAGCUCAUCAACACCAUCAAAGAGAAGCAGAAAACAAGAGAAAAACAGGCCGAAGCUUUCAUCACAGAGCUGGAACAGGAAAUCUCUGAGCUGAUGAAGAGAAGCACUGAGGUGGAGCAGCUCUCACGCUCUGAAGACCACCUCCAUCUUCUCCAGAGUGUCCAGUCGCUAAACAUCCAACAACCUCCACCCACCAAGAACUGGACAGGGGUCAGCGUCCGUUCAUCAUCAUCUGAGGGGACUGUGGUGAAAUCUGGGGUUCAGCUGGAGAAGACAUUCGGUAAACAGAUGAAGAAGCUGUUCGCUAUGUCGGAACUGAUGAAGAGAAGCACUGAGGUGGAGCAGCUCUCACGCUCUAAAGACCGCAACCAUCUUCUCCAGAGGGCCCAGUCCCUAAACAUCCAACAACCUCCACCCACCAAGGACUGGACAGAGGUCAGCGUCCGUCCAUCAUCAUAUGAGGGGACUGUGGUGAAAGCUGUGGUUCAGCUGGAGGAGACACUCAGUAAAGAGAUGAAGAAGCUGCUUGAAGCCGAGCUGAAGAGGGUCCAGCAGUAUGCAGUGGAUGUGACUCUUGAUCCUGAUACAGCACAUCCUGCUCUCAUCCUGUCUGAUGAUGGGAAACAAGUGAAUGAUAGUGAUCUGAGGAAGAAUCUCCCAGACAACCCAGAGAGAUUUUCUUAUUGUGCUAGUGUUUUAGGAAAACAGAGUUUCUCUUCAGGCAGAUUUUACUUUGAGGUUGAAGUUAAAGGAAAGACUAAAUGGGAAUUAGGAGUGGCCAGAGAGUCGAUCAACAGGAAGGGAGACAUCCCACUAGCACCUCAGAAUGGUUACUGGACGAUAUGGUUAAGAAAUGGAAAGGAAUACAAAGCUCUUGCUGGCCCUGGUGUCCGUCUCUCUCUGAAGUCUUCUCCUCAGAAGGUGGGGGUGUUUGUGGAUUAUGAGGAGGGUCUGGUCUCCUUUUAUGACGUAGAUGCUGCAGCUCUUAUCUACUCCUUUACUGGCUGCUCCUUCACUGAGAAACUCCUCCCAUACUUUAGUCCAUGCAAUAAUGAAGGUGGUAAAAACUCUGCCCCUCUGAUCAUCUCUCCUGUCAGAGUAAACUAAUCACUGAUCUCAUUUCA